AUGCUAUCCACCGGCUUCGCCAACGCACCCGUCUCCCGCAGCCUUACCUUCCUCCUCAUCGGCUUCUCGAUCUUGGCUAGUGUCACGGACACAAAGCAUUACUUCUAUAUCCAAGUCGAUCCUCACCUAUGGCGGUAUCACCAGUUAUGGCGGAUCUUCGCUUACCAGCUAUGCUAUACCAAUAGCACAGAGGUGCUGUUCGCAGCAAUGACGGUGUAUAAUAUGCGUGUUGUCGAACGGUUAUGGGGAAGCAGGAAAUACGCUUCCUUUAUCGCCCUCUCCUUCUUCUUUACCACCGUCCUCGCGCCCCUCCUCCUGGCUCUCUUCCUGCGCCCCAUUUCUCUAAAUACUUUCAACUAUUUGCCCGCAGGUCCCACUCCCAUCAUUUUCUCCCUUCUAGCCCAAUACCACGCCGUAAUCCCAUACGUCUACAAAUACCGUAUCGCCGCUUCCUCCUUUCUGUCAUCCCCCAAUCCAUCACCAGGCUCUUUCACAGGCCUCACCUUCUCGGACAAAUCCUACGUCUACCUACCCGCCAUUCAACUCGCUCUGUCUCAAUUCCCUGGCAGCCUCUUGUGUGCGACUGUGGGGUGGGUAGUGGGUUACAUGUGGCGGAAUGAAGUGCUGCCGGGUAGCUUUACCAGAUGGAGGGUCCCCGGGUGGGUGGUGGGUGAGGAGAAGAGUGGUCGAGAGAGAGAUUUUGAAGGUAUGAGGCGAAGAUUGGAGACGGAGGGGGGCGAAAGGGAAGCGGAGGCGACGGGGAGUGAUGGACGGCUUGGGGGCGAAGUUGGGCCGGGGAGGAGGAGGACGUUGGGGCGGCAGCUGGUGGAUCAACCCACAGCCCCAAUUUCCCCCACGAUACUCCCCCUCCACUGCCUCGCUGCACUUGCAUCCUGCAUCCCAAACGGGAACUCUCUCCCUCCGAGCCCACCACCAGCUGCACGCGACCCAUCCCCGAGCCCGGAACAAACCGGCAUCUCAAAACGCUGGACCACCGGCUUCUCCGCCGUUCUCGCGAGCACCAGAUUCGCAUACUGCCGCUGGGAACUCGACGUCUGGUCCAGCUUCCUAACGAAUUCGGCGAACGGGUCCGGCGCCGUGCUCAUGUUCACGGACAGGAGGACCGCCGCCCCGCGCGCCUGCAGCACUCCGAGCAUCGUGUUGCCGACCUCGAAGAUCUUUCUCGAAGAUGCCCAUGCCGUGCACCUCGAUGGACGUCGUGGGCAGCGACACGAUGACGCCAAGGAUGCUGUGCGCGUGAUCUACAGCGGGUACGCGAACGUCGUCCUUUUGGCCGCGCCUGUGCUGGAGAGGAGGCCCUGCCGUAUGGAGGACUGCCGGAUGAUAAGGCUUAGCCACUGCUGCGUGACGACGAUGUCGGCUUUUUGGAUGUCGGUCAGAAAUAGGUGGGAGAAGUGCGGCUGA